AUCAUUUCCUUAUGCCACUUUAGACAUCAGGAACACAAAAAAACCAUUUUCCUCUGCCUCGUUCAAAUGACUGUCUUUCUUACAAAAAUGUUUUUAGGGAUCCUUCUCAGUCUCUCACUGAGUUUAUGGUUCAGUGAUGCUAAAUCAACUGGAGCUAUGUAUGUAAUACAAGAAGCAGAAGCACCAUGUAUUAAUAUCAGUGAUUCCAACAACAACCAUGAGCUUGAAAAACUUCUGGGCAGAGUUAAAUAUGUUGCUCGAAGCUGCAAAGAAAUUCUUGACAAAUAUCAUGUUUAUGAGGAUGGCCUGUACUAUCUGAUCUCAUCAAGAGGGGUCCUUUACCAGACGUUCUGUGAUAUGACCACUGCAGGCGGCGGCUGGACGCUGGUGGCCAGUGUUCACGAAAACAACAUGUACGGAAAGUGUACUGUUGGUGAUCGCUGGUCUAGUGAGCAGGGCAGCAAUGCAAACCGGCCUGAUGGUGAAGGGACAUGGGCAAACAGAGUCACGUUUGGAACAGCAGAGGCUGCCACAAGUGAUGAUUAUAAGAAUCCUGGAUACUAUGAAAUUGCAGCACAGGAUAUUUCUGUGUGGCAUGUUCCUAAUAAUGUGGAUUCGGAACAUUGGACCAUUGCCUCCAUCCUGCGAUACCACACUGAAAAUCGCUUCUUCAGUCUCUACGGAGGAAACCUUUUCAAUUUAUUCAAGAAAUAUCCUGUGAAGUAUGGAAUUGGAUCGUGCAAAAUUGAUAAUGGACCUGCUAUUUCUGUCGUGUAUGAUAUCGGAAAUGCGGAUUACAACAAAAACCUGUAUGGUCCCAGUAUUAGAACGCAAUUUGAGCCUGGAUUCAUCACAUUCAGAGUCUUCAAUAAUGAAAAGGCAGCCAUGGCUCUUUGUUCGGCUGUUAAACCAACCGGCUGUGACACUGAAUAUUUCUGUAUUGGUGGAGGUGGACACUUUCCUGAGGGGGCCCCUAGACAGUGCGGGGACUUUACGGGUUUUGACUGGAGUGGCUAUGGUACUCAUUCAGGCAACAGUGCUUCCAGAGAGAUAACCGAAGCAGCUGUACUUCUUUUUUAUCGCUGACACUGAAACUAAAAACACCUGUUUCAUUUCCUUCUCUCUUGAGACAUAUCACAUUAUCUGAUAUAUCACAAUUAUGUAACUCUUUACGGCAUAUCUCCUUUAUAUUGGUCUGUAAUCUAAGAAUAAGUGAAGUUUGUUCGGUGGGAAUUUUAGGUAUACAUGUUUAAGUGUUUGUAACUGAGCUGUCAGUUUCUGCUAGUUUUUAAAUCCAUAUCUAGUACGUGUCAUGUGUUAUAUAGAUGUAUGUAUGUAUCUGUUCAAAAGAAAGAAAAGUUUAAAUAAAUCCAGUGG